AACACCAACCUCUCCAGAUGUUUUGGACAUAAAUAGAAGGGCAGAAUGUUAUGCUCUGUGGUAUUUGCAGCAUUGAAAAGACAACAUUGGAGAAAUUGUGGACUUCAAAGGCGGUGUUGCUGUUUCUUUUGCAGUCUGAAAGAUGUCUACCAUACUAGCAAUUGUCUUUGCAGCUCUGGUUUUGAAUACUCUCUUUGGAAUGGUGGCCAAUGGAUUUAUUGUCCUUUUCAUUUGUAUCGACUGGUUCAGAAGGAGGAAAUUAUCUCCAGCUGACUUGAUCUUGUGCUGUCUUGGUCUGUUGAGGUUUACAUUGCAGAUUAUAGUAAUUCUGAAUAUAACUCUGUAUUCUUUUUUCAUUCGCACCUAUUUCCAGACGUACAUGAUCACCAUCAAUAGGACAAUUUGGAUUUUUAUGAACAUUUUAGAUCUUUGGUUUGCUGCCUGGCUCAGUGUUUUGUACUUUGUAAAGAUUGGCAUCUUCUCCCACCCUCUUUUCCUCCAAAUGAAGCAAAGAUUCUCUAGGCUGGCCCCAUGGCUGCUUCUUGGCUCCAUGGUCUUCUCUGCUGCUGUGGCUAUUAUGACUGGGAAAUGA